UGUGCCUAAAGUGAGGUAUAGCAUAUAACUACAAAUAGUAAAGUAGUUUAGCUCAAGACACCCUAUAUGUUUUAUGUGCAUAUCUUAUGUGUAUUUAGUUUUUAGUGCGCCCCUUUGUCUAGGCGUCUAAUAAUCACUAUAACUGGGACUUGUCUACCAAAUGGUCUGCUCAUAGUGCAAGUAACAGCCCAAGUGUACGGUCCAUAAGAAAGUAGCCCCCUUAAUGAUGGUAAAGAACAAGAGCUACACACGCGCGGAGGUCAAUGGAGUAGGUGUGGUGCGCCGUAAGGUGGCGGUCGUGGGCGCAGGUUUGGUGGGUUCCUUGGCUGCGUUAAAUUUUGCACGCAUGGGACAUGAAGUAGAGCUCUAUGAAUAUCGUGAGGAUCUGCGCAAACAGGAAUAUUAUCCGCAUGGACGUAGCAUAAACUUGGCUUUAUCUGCGCGCGGACGCAAAGCUCUGGCUGCUGUUGGGCUAGAGCAGGAGGUUCUCUCAACGGCCAUACCCAUGCGUGGGCGCAUGUUGCAUAAUCUGCGUGGUCAGACAAGUGUGGUGCUCUAUGAUCCCUGCCACAAUCAAUGCCUGUACUCUGUGGGACGCAAGCAGAUCAAUGAGUUGCUCCUGAAUGCCUGCGACAAGUUUCCCAACAUAAGCUGCCACUUUGAGCACAAGCUGGUGGGCGCCAAUAUAAACGAGGGACAGCUGGAGUUUCGCUUGCUGCCCGAGCAGCAGCCGCUGGAGGUGCAGGCAGAUUUAAUAGUUGGCUGCGAUGGUGCGUUUAGCUCCUUGCGACAGCAGCUGGUGCGCACGCCGGGCUUUAAUUAUUCACAGGAGUAUAUAAACACGGGUUAUCUGGAGCUUUGCAUACCCGCCAAGCACGGUGAAUUCCAAAUGCCUCCCAACUAUUUGCAUAUCUGGCCACGUGAUUCCUUUAUGAUGAUUGCUUUGCCAAAUCAAGAUAAAUCCUUCACCGUUACGCUUUCCAUGCCUUUUGAGAAAUUUGCUGAGAUUAAGACUCACGAACAGCUGCUAGACUUCUUUCGUUUGAAUUUCGUAGACACACUGCCGCUUAUUGGCCAAGAGCAGCUCAUUAAGGAUUUUUUUAAGACACGCCCACAGCAUUUGGUGUCCAUUAAAUGUCAGCCGUAUCAUUAUCAAGAUAAAGCGCUUAUCCUCGGAGACGCUGCGCAUGCUAUGGUCCCUUAUUAUGGCCAAGGCAUGAAUACUGGCAUGGAAGACUUGACGCUGCUCUGCUCCAUUUUGGAUCAACAGCUGCCACUGGAUGUCUCUCUGGCGCAGUUCACCGAGCAGCGCUGGCCAGAUGCUCAUGCCAUUUGUGAUCUGGCCAUGUAUAACUAUGUAGAGAUGCGUGAUCUUACCAAGCGUUUGUCCUUUCGCUGCCGCAAGUGGCUGGACACGAUGCUGUUUCGUCUGUUCCCCACCAAGUGGGUGCCGCUCUACAAUAGCGUAUCCUUUAGCAGCAUGCCCUAUAGCCAAUGCAUUUUGAAUCGUCAAUGGCAGGAUCGAGUACUUGGCAAAGCUUUGAAUAUAACGCUCUUUACUGGCGCGCUAGCUGGCAUUGCUGGUGCAUUUUAUAUACGACGCUUCCGUUAAAAUUGUAUUUC